CAAAAUGACCACGGCCCAUCGUCCAACUUUUCACCCAGCUCGCGGAGGAACCGCUCGUGGUGAAGGAGAUCUGUCGAAGCUCUCGAAUCAAUACUCGUCGAAGGAUAUGCCAUCUCACACCAAAAUGAAGUACAGACAGACCGGACAGGAGACUGAAGCCGAUUUGAGAAAGAAGGAUCUCCGUCGUGAAUUGGAAGACAAGGAGCGAAACGCAAUCCGUGAGAAGCGUGCUCGUGACUCUGCUUCUUCGUCUUCAAGCCAUUCGAAACGCCAACGAAUGGAUCAAAUUGCUGCCGAGUCAGCGGCGUCUGUGGAUGCAGAUGAAGCAGUGGACGAGCUGAAUUCGUCAGACGACGAUGACUCCGAUGAGGAUGACACUGCAGCGUUGAUGGCGGAGCUGGAGAAGAUCAAGAAAGAACGAGCAGAAGAGAAGGCGGCGAGAGACGAGGAAAUUAAGGAGAAGGAGGAGAAGCAAAGAAUGGAGAAUAUUCUAGCCGGAAAUCCACUGCUCAACGAUACUCCAGCCGGAUCCUCCACUUCUGGAGGCGAUUUCACUGUGAAACGACGAUGGGAUGAUGACGUGGUCUUCAAGAAUUGUGCAAAAGGAGUCGAGGAGAGAAAGAAGGAGGUCACAUUCAUCAACGAUGCUAUCAGAUCGGAAUUCCACAAGAAAUUCAUGGACAAAUACAUUAAAUAAUUGAUUUUUGUCUAAUGAUUCAUCCAUUUUUCACUGUUUUCCAUCAAUUUUCACUCAAUUAUAUGCCACUGGCUCGACAAAACAAUAAACGUGAUAUUU